UCCCCUCCCUUCCCUUUCUUCCACUUCAGUCGCCCACCAUCGUCGUCGCCGCCGGAGAGGAAGGAAGGCAAUGCCGUGCUGCCAAACGGUGCUCAGCGCCGCCGCUGCCGCCGCCAGAAGCACUCCGUCAUGGCUGCACCGGUUGCACGCCAAAGAGGGCAUCUCCUUCCCCUCCCACCUAAACAUCGACGACCUCCUGUACGGAACCCGACCCCAACCUCCCCUGCCUCUGCUUCCGCCUCCGCCUCCGCCGCCUACUUCCUCCAAUCAACACACCAACCCCGCCGGCAUCAAGGAGCCGCCUCCCAAGGCCGCCAAGCCCAAGCAGCAGCGACCACCGCGCAAUCCCUCGCGACCAAACCCUAGCUCUAGCAAUUCCCCACAGCCGCAACUGCAGCUCACCGCCGUGAUCUCCGACGUUUUCGCGAUCCCCUCCUCCUCUCCACAAGACACCCCGGCGGUUAAGGCCUUCCGCAAGCAGUCCCGGCCCCGCCCGAAAACCGAUGACCAGCCGAUCCCUGCUUCUCCACCUCGCCACCACAAGCACAAGAUCGCCAAGGCCAAGAAGCGCUGCCGGGCCGAGCGCCCCGCGGAUGCUGACGAGGAGAGGUGCAGCCGGACCGACGUCACCGUCAUUGACACCAGCACCAAGGGCUGGAAGGCCGCCAAGCUGCUCAUUCGCAGGGGCGACAUAUGGAAGGUUCGCGACAAGAAGCCGUCAGCGGUGUCUGAACACGAGGAUGCCAUUGCCAAGGGCAAGAGGAGGGCUGGCCUUGUCUCCAAGUUACAGAGAGACCAAGAGAAGGAGAAGCAGAAGGAGAAAGAAGCAACCUCAUCAGGAAACAUUCGUGCAGUUAGUGGAGAUGUGAUGAAAGAAUCAGAUGAUCCCAUUCAAACUCCGAAAAGGUCUUUGAUGUUCUGAACCAGAAGUUCAGAACCAGAAGGCCAAAGUGCAGCAAAUCUUCAUUUACAGACUAAAUAGAGGCAAUAAAAUGGAUUGGACCGCACCUAUAGGUGACUUGAGAGGGAAUUAAGGCCAAGAAUCACAUAUCCAGACAACAUUGUCAUUACAUUGGAAUUAACAUGUUCAGUUUGAUUAUUGUCCUAUUAAUCUUUUGGUGUCUUGAUUGAUUCCUAUAAGAUGUUCCAACUACUAAUAUCUGGCCUUCUGGAGCUGGGAGGGUAUCAUGUAUGUAGAUGAGCCCUUGCAAGCUCAUCUAAAUGUCUUUUUUUUUCUUCUCUUUUUGUAGAAAUGGCAAGGCCAUCUAAGUGUUAUCGUUGGCUAUUGCUGGAGUUGUUGAGGUUUUGAUUCAUUUAGUAUGUUUGUCCUGUCCGACUGUUGGUUGGGUACUGCAACUCAGUUGGUUACUGUAAAUGGUAUGUUUAUAUUGGUAACUCAGUUGCUGUACAAGUUCGGUUUGCAUUUUUGGCAUUUGGCCAAGUGUUUCCUGUAAGGUUUGGAUAACUGACCAGACGGUAAAUGCUGUUGGUUGCUGUGAUUUUAUUUUGUGCA